AUUUGUCAUGGCUGCAUUUGAAUCGCAAUGCAAAUAUCUUUUAAAUUCGCUCGAUACAAAUAUUCGAGAUCAUCUGACCGGUCUGGCCAGAACUGAUCCUAGCUUACAGAUUGUACCCAACGUUGAUGCAAUUGUCCGUAAAGAUGUGGCCCAAUUAAAAGGCCGUGUUUUACUGGUUAGUGGUGGUGGUGCAGGUCAUGAACCAAUGUUUGCCGGUUUUGUUGGUACUAAACAGCUGACAGCUGCUGUAUCUGGUUCGUAUUUUGCAUCUCCAUCGGCAGGUGCCAUCAUGAGACUGGUUGAACAGAUUGCCGGUCCAGACUCGUCCAUUUUAUUCAUUCAAGCCAAUUACACGGGUGAUAGACUGAAUUUUGGCCUUGCUAUUGAAUAUCUUCGGCUUCAUGGUUAUAAAAAUUUGGGUUCAUUUGUUUUCGGUGAUGAUCUAGCUCCGUUCGUAACUGGUGGUUUAUGUGGUGAAGACUAUCAAAUCAAAAGAAGAGGAUUGGCUGGUAUAAUUUUCGUACAUCGUAUCGCUGGAGUUUUGUCUGAACGUGGCCAAAGUUUGUCACAGAUCUUAGACUAUCUACAACGGAUUUCUCGUUUGAUCUAUACAUUCUCGGUCAGUUUGAGUGCCGCCGACAUUGUAGGACAUGGUGCAUCGUUUCGUUUGCCCGAUGAUCAAAUGGAACUUGGCCUAGGCGUUCAUGGUGAAUCAGGUGUUCGACGUAGUCGGCUAUUGUCCACUCGUGAAACAGUUUCCUUGAUGUUGGAUGAAUUGAUUGGUCAUUUGGACGGUGAUGGUAUCUUAGAACGAUAUCAGCGACGAAUUGUUGUUCUAGUAAACAAUUUGGGUGGUUUGAUUCCAAUGGAAAUGAAUAUCAUUGUGAACGAAGUUAUUGAACAACUACAAGGACAACGAAAUGUCAACAUUGAAAGAUUCUAUUCAGGCAGUCUGUUCACAUCGUUCAAUAUGAAAGGUUUUUCUCUUACCAUUUUUCUAGUGGAUGGUGACGAUAUUCUCGAUAUUCUGGAUGAAUUUGAUCAAAUGCCAAACAAAUGCAUGUUACAAAUACUGAUUUUUUAUAAAUCCGAACCUGUAUUCUCGAUGGCUAAAGCAUCCAAUGAAUUACAAAAUCAUGGUCGAUUAUUUCGGGAUAUUUGUUCAUCAGAAACAUAUGGAAAAUGUUUAAAAAAUGCUUGUCAAGCAAUUAUUGACAAUGAAAAUUUUCUUAAUCGUUUAGAUGAAACGGUAGGCGAUUCAGAUUGUGGUUCAACAUUGGCAUCAAUUGCUCGAUUAAUACUCGAUCAAUUCAAUUUAAAUUUGUUACCACCUACAUUCGGUACAAUAUCUCAAUUAUUAAUAAAUGGCCAAAUUGGUGGUACAAGUGGAGCAAUUUAUAGCAUACUAUUCACCGCUGCACAUCAUUUUGUCCAUCAAAUUGAUGAUGAUUUCGAUGAAAAUCAAACUAUUUCACCACUACAACGAACAGCUGAGACAUUUUGGCUUCGAUUACUUGAAUAUUGUUUACAACGAAUUAGUACUUAUGGUGGUGCUAGAAUUAACGAUAGAUCAAUGAUCGAUGGUCUCUAUGGAAUCAUUGUUGGUCUUAAACAAUGUAUCGAUGAUGAUGAUGAUGAUGAUCAUGAUCGAGAUCAAUAUGAUAAUGAACAACAAUUGGCCACAUCUAUUAUUAUUGUGGCUGAAUCAACUUGGCAUCAAGCAAAAAAAACCGCAUCAAUGCAAGCAAAAGUUGGCCGUGCUUCAUAUGUAAAUCAAUCAUUGGUGAUUCAACCGGAUGCUGGUGCAAUAGCCGUCGCUAUUUGGUUACAGGCAAUAAUCGAUACAUUAACAUAUGAAUCAUCAGGUCACCAUCGUAUAGAUGAACAAUUGAAAAAAAUUAAUCAAUCAAUCAAUCAAUCAGUGAAUAAUUGAACAAUAGUAUCGUUGUAUGAAAUUAAUUAUCUGUAAAAAUGAUGAUUACCAAUCAAUUCAAUUCAUUGAUUGAUUUAUUCAAUAAAAAAUUUU